GGAGGAGGAGGAAGAAGAAGAAGAAGCAGAAAAUACUGAGUCCUUUCUUGAAUUUUGAUCUGGCUAUAGAAGUGCUUUCUGGCCAAUGAAAUGGAGGGUGAGAUGAAGAAGAAGCUUCUAAACAAGGUGGAAAAACCAGGAGGAGAAAUAGAAGUUGAUGAUGAAGGAGAAGAAGGGCAUGAGCAGCUUAAGGACAAGCUAUGGAGUGAGACAAAGAAGCUUUGGGUUGUUGCAGGCCCUGCCAUAUUCGCCAGAUUUUCGACGUUUGGUGUAAACAUCAUCAGCCAGGCAUUUAUCGGCCACAUCGGCUCUACUGAACUUGCUGCAUAUGCUCUGGUUGCCACUGUCCUCUUGAGGUUUGCAAAUGGCAUCCUGUUGGGCAUGUCAAAUUCUCUACAAACUCUAUGUGGGCAAUCCUUUGGUGCAAAGCAGUACCAUAUGCUAGGCAUAUAUCUUCAAAGAUCAUGGCUUGUUUUAACCAUUACAUCACUCUUUCUUCUCCCGCUCUUCAUCUUCACCGCCCCGAUCUUGAAGGCUUUAGGUCAGGAAGAAGAGAUUGCACAAGUUGCUGGAUAUGUUUCCAGGUGGCUAAUCCCGGUUAUGUUUGCCUUCAAUGUGUCCUUUACCUGCCAAAUGUACCUACAAGCACAGAGCAAGAACAUGACAAUAGCCUACUUGGCAGCGUUUUCGCUCGUAGUCCAUGUGUUUCUCUCCUGGCUUUUGGCAGUGAAGCUCAAGUUUGGACUCGAGGGUGUAUUGGCGUCCACAGCUUUGGCGUAUUGGAUCCCCAAUAUCGGUCAGCUCAUGUUUAUUUUCUAUGGAGGAUGUCCUGACACUUGGAAGGGUUUCUCAUCCUUGGCUUUCAAGGAUCUAUGGCCUGUAAUCAAGCUUUCUCUAUCAUCUGGCGUUAUGGUCUGUCUUGAGCUCUGGUACAACACAAUAUUGGUUCUCCUAACAGGAAACAUGAAGAAUGCCCAGGUUGCCAUAGAUGCACUCUCCAUCUGCCUCAACAUCAAUGGGUGGGAGAUGAUGAUCUCUUUUGGAUUCUUGGCUGCAGCAAGUGUUCGGGUUUCAAAUGAGCUUGGAAGGGGGAGCUCACAAGCAGCAAAGUUUUCAAUAGGGAUGACAGUCAUUACGUCCUUCUCUAUAGGAUUCGUACUAUUUAUAUUUUUCCUGUUCUUCAGGGGACGCCUAGCUUACAUUUUUACAGACAGUCAUGAUGUUGCUAGGGCAGUCGCAGAUCUGUCCCCUCUAUUGGCUUGCUCCAUGCUUUUGAACAGCGUUCAACCGGUUCUCUCAGGAGUUGCUGUUGGGGCUGGCUGGCAAAGCAUUGUGGCAUGUGUUAACGUAGCGAGCUAUUACCUAAUAGGGAUUCCAACUGGAGUUGUGCUCGGUUAUACCAUCAAUCUUCAAGUUAAAGGUGUUUGGAUGGGAAUGUUGAUUGGAACAUUUCUUCAAACUGUUGUUCUUAUCAUAAUCACCUAUAGGACUGACUGGGAAAAACAGGUAUCUCGUGCUCGUGCUCGUGUAAAUAAGUUGUAUCUAACAGAACCUAAGGAAGCUGAUCCCAAUAUGCAAGACGUGUGAGACAUCAACUUAGGGCCUAUUUGAGAAUGGCUGAUAAAAGUUCAAUCUCCAAUGUUUUUUUCUGUAGCGUGUCUAUGAAAAACACUUUAAUA